GCAACUGUCCUGUUGAGCUCUGCGUUUGGAUCUCUGACAUGGAGGUUGGUGCAGGGAGCAGCGCCAUCUUUCAGGAAAUGCUGUCAUUCAAGGAUGUGGCCAUUGAUUUCUCUGCAGAAGAGUGGGAAUGUCUGGAGCCUGCUCAGUGGAAUCUGUACAGGGACGUGAUGCUGGAGAAUUACAGCAACCUUGUGUUCCUGGGUCUUGUUUCCUCUAAGCCACACCUGGUCACAUUUCUGGAGCAAAUACAAGAGCCUUCAGAUGUGAAGAGAGAAGCGGCUGCCACUGAGCACCCAGGGGGAGAAUGCUGUACAUGCACAGAAUGUGGCAAAGUCUUUGACUGGACGAAAGUGUUUCAAAAUCACCAGAUAAUUGAUUUAGGAGUGAAGCCCUACAAGUGUGAAGAAUGCACUGAGUACUUCCAUAUUCCAUCAUUAAGUUCUGAAGAGAAAAGAAUUCAUACAGGAGAAAAACCUUACAAAAGUGAAGUUUGUGGCAAGACCUUCUGCAUUCCAUUAUUACUCUCUGAACACAAGAUAAUUAAUUCAGGAGAGUAUCCCUACAUGUGUGAAAUAUGUGGCAAGGCCUUCCAACAUCCAUCAAGACUGUCCAGACAUAAGAAAAUUCAUUCAGAAGAGAAACCGUACAAGUGUGAUGUAUGUGGAAAGGCCUUCCACUUUCCAUCAUUACUUUUGGUACACAAGAGAGUUCAUACAGGAGAAAAACCCUACAAGUGUGAAGUAUGUGGCAAGGCCUUCCAUUAUCCAUCAAUACUCUCUAAACACAAACGAAUUCACACAGGAGAGAAACCCUACAAGUGUGAAGUAUGUGGCAAAGCCUUCCACAUUUCAUCAUUUCUUUCUAAACACAAAAUAAUUCAUAGAGGGGAGAAACCCUACAAGUGUGAAGUAUGUGGCAAGGCCUUCCAUUAUCCAUCAAGACUUUCCAACCAUAAGAAAAUUCAUUCAGUAGAGAAACCAUUCAAGUGUGAAGUGUGUGGAAAGGCCUUCCGAAUUUUAUCACUACUUUCUAAGCACAAGAUAAUUCAUACAGAAGAGAAUCCCUACACGUGUGAAGUAUGUGGCAAGGCCUUCGAUUAUCCCUCAAGACUUUCUACCCAUGCAAAAAUACAUACAGGAGAGAAACCGUACAAGUGUGAAGUAUGUGGAAAGGCGUUCCGUUCUCUGUCAUCACGUUCUAAACACAAGAGAAUUCAUACAGGAGAUAAUUACUAUAACGGUGAAGUAUGUGGCAAGGCCUUUGUUUACCCUUCAAGACUUCCUAAACAUAAGAAAGUUUGUACAGGAGAGAAGCCCUACAAGUGUGAAGUAUGUGGCAAGGCCUUCCAUGUUUCAUCACUACUUUCUAAACACAGAACGACUCAUACAGGAGAAAAACUGCACAAGUGUGAAGUAUGUGGGAAGGCCUUCUAUUAUCCAUCAAGACUUUCCACCCAUAAAAGAAUUCAUACAGGAGAAAAGCCAUACAAGUGUGAGGAAUGUGGAAAGGCCUUCUGUUUUCCACCAUCAUUAUCUAAACAUAAGAGAAUUCACACAGGAGAGAAACCAUACAACUGUAAAGAAUGUGGGAAGGCCUUCCGCUUUCCAUCAUCACUAUCUGCACACAAGAAAAUUCAUACUGGAGAGAAACCCUACAAGUGUGAAAUUUGCAACAAGGCCUUCCACUAUCCAUCAUUGCUUUCUAAACACAAGAUAGUACAUACAGGAGAAAAACCCUACAAGUGUGAAGUAUGUGGGCAGGCAUUCCAUGUUUCAUCAAAACUUUCUCACCACAAGAUAAUUCAUACAGGAGAGAAACCCUACAAGUGUGAAGUAUGUGACAAGGCCUUCCAUUAUUCAUCAUUACUUUCUAAACACAAGAUUAUUCAUACAGGAAAAAAACCCUACAAAUGUGAAGUAUGUGACAAGUCCUUCCAUUAUCCAUCACGACUUUCUAGCCAUAUGAAAAUGCAUACAGGAGAGAAACCAUACAAGUGUGAAGUAUGUGGAAAGGCCUUCUGUUCUCCAUCGUCACUUUCUAAACACAAAAGAAUUCAUAAAGUUGAAAAAGCCUACAGUUGUGAAGUUUGUGGAAAGGUCUUCUGCAUUCCAUUAUUACUUUCUAAACACAAGAGAAUUCAUACAGAAGAGAAUCACUAUAACAAUGAAGUACAUAGCAAGUUCUUUGUUUAUCCUUCAAGACUUCCUAAACAUAAAAAAAUUCAUAUAAGAGAAAAACGAUAUAAGUGUGAUGUAUGUGGAAAGGCCUUCGAUUAUCCUUCAAGACUUUCUAAACAUAAGAAAAUUCAUACAAGAGAGAAACCUUACAAGUGUGAUGUAUGUGGAAAGGCCUUCCAUAUUGCAUCAUUACUAUUAGUUCACAAGGGAAUUCAUACUGGAGAAAAACCCUACAAGUGUGAAGAUUGUGGGAAGGCCUUCUAUUAUCCAUCAUUUCUUUCUAAACACAUGAGAAUUCAUACGGGAGAAAAACCCUACCAGUGUGAAGUAUGUGGCAAGGACUUCCAUGUUUCAUCAUCACUAUCUAAGCACAGAAUAAUUCACACAGGAGAGAGGCCAUACAAGUGUGAAGUAUGUGGGAAGGCCUUCCGCUUCUCAUCAUCACUAUCUAAACACAAGAGAAUUCAUACAGGAAAGAAACCCUACAAGUGUGAAGAAUGUGGCAAGACCUUCCAUUUUCCAUCAUUACUUUCUAAACACAAGGUAAGUCACACUAGAGAAAAACUCUACAAUUGUGACUUAUGUGGCAAGUCCUUCCAUUUUCCAUCAUUACUUUCUAAACACAAGAUGAUUCAUUCAGGAGAAAAGCCUCACAAGUGUGAAGUAUGUGGGAAGGCCUUUCAUUAUCCUUCAAAACUUUCCAACCAUAAGAAAAUUCAUACAGGAGAGAAACCAUACAAGUGUGAAAUAUGUGGGAAUGUAUUCCGUUUUCCAUCGUCACUUUCUGAACACAAGAGAAUUCACACAGGAGAGAAUCCAUACAAGUGUGAAGUAUGUGGCAAGGCCUUCUAUUAUCCAUCAUUACUUUCUAAACACAAGAUAGUUCAUACAGGAGAAAAACCCUACAAGUGUGAAGUAUGUGGGAAGGCCUUCCAUUAUCCAUCAUUACUUUCUAAACACAAGAUAAUUCAUACAGGAAAGAAACCCUACAAGUGUGACAUAUGUGGCAAGGCCUUCCAUUAUCCAUCACGACUUUCCAAGCAUAAAGCAAUUCAUGGUGCUGGAGAGAUGUCAAGAGUUGAGAGUACUGGCUGCUCUUCCAGAGGUCCCAAGUUCAAUUCCCAGUAA